UGUGUCACGUGACUAGCGCGAUCCGCGGAGCAAAACCUCGAGACACGCCAGAAGCUCCCUUUACACCCACUCGCCCGGCAUCUCCCUCACCAACCCCGCUGUCCGUUUCGUCUCGUGUAUCGCGCCCAUCCGUCAGUCGUGUCGAUUUCAUGCUUUACCUGGUGCUGUGAGAUGGUCAGAGCUGGUGGCGUCUGGUGGUGCGAGCAACUCGCUCACUUCAACCAACCUCGCGUGGACUAGCUGUCCAGCCGCUUUGGGUUGCGCAAAUAGCGACCUUUUAUCAUCUCGACUCUGAACCCGCGCCGAAUACUAUUUUUUCAUCAUGGCGCAAACACGCCUUCCACAACAGCAGGGGCAGCAACAACAGCAGCCUCCGCCUCAGUUCGCUGCCCAUCCCUUCUCUCCUCCAGUCUCCUCGCCCUCACCUCAUUCUGUAACCUCCCCCGUCAACGGAGCCGUCGCGCCGCCUCCUCAAAAGAAGCCACGGUUAUCGCCACUUCCUCCUUCACAAACACAGUCGCCAUACGCCUCUCCCAGCUUCGGCGCGAUGCAACUUCCUCCAUCACAGCCACCGAUGAACGGUGUGAGCGCGAACUUUACACCGUCUACACCUACCAGUGCAGCGCCCGCCCCCGGAACCAUGGGUCCUCCUUCUCGUCCUGUUGACAAAACAACAGAUGCCGCCGAGUUGACUGAUGUAUUGGCAUCAUCGGGUAUUGAUGUUCGGGAGGAAGAGGCCUUCCUUACGCGCAGCUUCUCUGGGCCCAAUGCGCAGGCGCAGCAGCCCAAUAGAGCUCAGCUGCCACAACAACAAGCCCCAAUAAACACCUCGUUUGUCUCGCAGGCGUCUACGCAAGGAACAUUAUCUGCCUCGAGCAGUUUCGGUGACUUGCCCCACACCAAGCCGACCAUUCCGCAAACUUCAUUUUCCACCGAUCCAACCUCACAAGCGACCUCCAUCAGCAAUCCACCGAGUCGUGCCGAUACGGAGGCAGCACGAAGGGCACAGUACCACCUUCAGGAGCCGUUCCUUUUCGCUAAGCUUGUAGAGCAGAAGAUCCAGAAGCGUGGUUUUGAACUUGGAGUACGCAUUCCCUCGGAAGGUCUAUUCCAUCCCGUGCCCGGUCGACAGGCACCAAUCGAAGUCACGGGUCCCGAUGGAUCAUCGAUUGUGCGAACGGGUCAGACCAUCCUCAACCAAGAGGGUGCACCCUUGGUGGAUAUCCUAAACCUCAUCUCUCUCUCGUGUGAGGAACGUCUGAGAGGAGUGGUUGACUAUUCUUCUACACUGGCACGUAGCCGGAGAGCCCACUCACAUGGUGUGGUCCCUGAUGCAUGGGUGGACAUUGCGCAGCCUUUGGGUCCAAUCGCGGGGAAUACCGUCACUCCGUCAAAACGGCCCAAUCCAGAUGCCGAGGGUGCAGCCAAGAAACCCGCAGCAGAAAAAUACCGGGGUCUCGUUACGAGAGAAAAUAGCCUGGAAAGCAAGCGUGCAGCGAAACGCACCAAGAGAAGUGCUAGUGCCAUUGUGGGUGAAACCACGGGCAAUCGGUCCGAUUCUGCGGACUUCAUGGGUUCGGCCCCGUCUACCCCAUUAGGAGAAAGGGCGCCCAGUUUCGACAGCAAAAAGUCAAUGACAAAGAAGGAGCAGAAGAAAUUGAUGGAUAGCAAGGCCAACGAGGCGCAGCAACAUCAACAGUCUGUAGAGACUGCACGUCUUGCCACGAAUUCGAUGCUUUCCGGCCGGAUGUUUGGAUCUAAGAAGUCCUAUUCAUGGCUGAAGCCUGGAGGCUCCUCCAGUGGAUUCUCAACGCCAACCCGUGCUGCUCCUUCGACUCCGACCACCGGGCCAGAGAAGCCCAGUCGCGCGGGCGAGACACCAGCUGGUCAGCCAAAGCGACGACUUGGAACGUGGCGAGAGGAUCAGGAGAAGGGGCGAGGCAUUCAGGUUCGGGAUAUCUUGUUUGCUGUCGAGGCCGAUGGUCGAGCUAGCAAACACGUUCAAAAGGGGUAUUCGAGAGACCCCAAGGAGGAUCGUGCGGUUUGACCUGGCCCAGGCACUUGUAAUCUUAAUUUAUACAGCGUACUGCUCAAUGACACAAUUAUGGCAUGCUAAGUAUUGUUUCUGCAUUUUUGUAUUAAGAAAACGAAGGAACUUUAUUCUAUACGAUACAAAUCAAAAGGGGUAUACACUCCACUCGAUGUCCUCUUACUCGUAUCAUCUUCAUGCUGUGUGUCCCAAGGCCUCG